AUGAGCCAGCAAGACGUCUACAUCAUCAAGCCCUGCACUCUCGAUGCUGCUGGCAAUUGGCCCUGGCAGCUUAUUGUGGAAAUUGCUGCAAUAGCUGCUGAGAUCUUGUGGCAUCCAUGGGGCACAGAGAAGAUCAGCGUUGUUCGUGAGCUCACGAAGUGGGGUAUUCCUUUUAGAACGGUGCUUCCAGUUUUCAAAUGGAGUCUGUUCCUGCCCCACAUGAAGAAGUCUGGUCUCUACUGUGGCCUUGGUAUUCAGCAGCUGGGCUUCAAGACAUCCAAGGAAGAGUACGCUAUGCUGCAUUGGGUGCAGGUGGAAUUGUUUGGCAACUGGCUGUUCAAAGACUCCAUUCAACCCUUGUCGCAGGGUUCCAAGGCUGGUUGA